ACCAAAGCCACAGCUAUGUCGUAAAAAUUCGUGAAAACAAAACAUCGCUUUUUUGGUCUUAAUUCAACAUUUGGCAUAAGGUUAGCACUGUGGUCAGGGUUAAGGUUAGGUUUAAAAUCAGAUUGUAAAACAAUACAUUGUCGAAAUGGGCGGUGGUUAAGCCUAAAUGGAAGAUGACAAUAUAUUUUCAACCUAGGGUUUACCAUAAUUAUGAAUUUGUGGCUGUGGUAAAUAGUGACGACACCAACAUAACGAGGCCCCAUCGGGAAGCAACAAACCGGCUUGAGUAGAGCUCGAGCUCAACAACGUCAGGGCUGACGACAAAUUAAAUAGGUGAGAGAUAACGUGCAGACAGAACGGCACUUGGGGUCCUAAAUAGACACCGCGGGAAAAAUGGCGGACGACCCCAACGCAGCAGACAGGAACGUGGAGAUAUGGAAGAUAAAGAAGUUGAUCAAAAGUCUGGAAGCUGCUCGGGGGAAUGGUACGAGUAUGAUCUCCUUGAUUAUCCCUCCAAAGGAUCAGAUCUCCAGAGUGGCCAAGAUGUUGGCUGAUGAGUUUGGCACUGCAUCCAAUAUUAAAAGCAGAGUCAACAGGCUCUCUGUGCUCGGAGCCAUCACCUCUGUACAGCAGAGACUCAAACUCUACAAUAAAGUGCCUCCCAACGGCUUGGUUGUAUACUGUGGCACCAUUGUGACGGACGAGGGCAAAGAGAAAAAAGUCAAUAUUGACUUUGAGCCUUUUAAACCCAUCAACACUUCUCUGUAUCUCUGUGACAACAAGUUCCACACAGAGGCUCUUACAGCCUUGCUGUCAGAUGACAGCAAGUUUGGUUUUAUUGUGAUUGAUGGAAGUGGCGCCCUCUUCGGAACCCUGCAGGGAAACACCAGGGAAGUGCUGCACAAGUUCACUGUGGACCUACCCAAGAAGCACGGCAGAGGAGGGCAGUCUGCCUUGCGUUUUGCUCGUUUGAGGAUGGAGAAGAGACACAACUAUGUCCGAAAGGUGGCGGAGACGGCAGUCACGCUUUUUGUUUCCAAUGACAAGGUCAACGUAGCAGGCAUGGUCUUGGCUGGUUCAGCUGACUUCAAGACGGAGCUCAGCCAGUCCGAUAUGUUUGACCCGAGGCUACAAGCAAAGAUCCUGAAGCUGGUUGACAUAUCAUAUGGUGGGGAGAAUGGGUUCAACCAGGCCAUUGAGCUGUCCGCAGAAGUGCUUUCCAAUGUUAAAUUCAUUCAGGAGAAGAAACUUAUAGGACGAUACUUUGAUGAGAUCAGCCAGGAUACAGGGAAGUACUGCUUUGGGGUGGAAGACACACUGAAAGCCCUGGAAAUGGGUGCUGUUGAGAUUCUGAUUGUCUACGAGAACCUGGAUACCAUGAGAUACAUCCUGAGAUGCCACGGAGCAGAGGGACUUGCUAUGGUGGAGAAGGGUACAGAUGAGAAAACAUUGUAUUUGACACCAGAGCAGGAGAAAGACAAGUCUCACUUCACAGACAAAGAGACUGGGCAGGAGCAUGAGCUGAUCGAGAGCAUGCCGUUACUUGAAUGGUUCGCCAACAGCUAUAAGAAGUUUGGAGCCUGUCUGGAGAUUGUCACUGACAAGAGUCAAGAAGGAUCCCAGUUUGUCAAGGGCUUUGGUGGAAUUGGUGGGAUCUUGCGGUACAGGGUGGAUUUCCAGGCCAUAGAGUACCAAGGAGAAGACGAUGAGUUAUUUGAUUUGGAUGACUACUAGGUAGUUGAGACUGACAAGAAAUGAAUCAAUUGAAAGGCUUUCCCUGAUUUGACCGAGAUACUGGUGGAAGGAAAGCAAGUAGUCAGGAGGGAGACCCAGACCUUCAAAUAAAAGACAUGGAUGUGAUGCCGUAUAUCAACGUUUCCCUGACUUGAAGCAGUGACUCAUCACCUGGCUGGAUGGAGCUAGUCUUGGUUUGUUCCUCUCCAUUCUACAUUAAUGACUGAUUCAAAGUGACUGACAGCAAGGCCACACUCCUCCUGCCUGCUUGGCCUUCUCUAGGCCACACUGAUAGGUUAUACAAAUCUAUUUUUGUCAUCACUCCCCACCUUCCAACUCAAUUUCCCUUUAUUUUUUAACAUUUUUACUGGUACCAGCUGCUGUUGUGUUUUGAGAUUUUGAUUCUUAUUAUUUUGUUUUCCUUUUUAAAAUCAAAUUUAUGUAGAGGGCAAGGAAAUAAUGAUUAAAUUGGAGCUGCUUUACUAUCCCAUACCCAGUCCCUGCCUCCCGUCUCAUCCGAUCUUUAUUUCAGCACCUGCUUUAUUUUGUCCCAGCUCCCCCCUGGUAAUUUAUUCACUGUCACAGGUGCUGUACUCUUAGCCCGUACUGUUUUCUUGUAUGUUUUUUUCAUUGAGGACCCUUGCCCUUUAUGACUCAUACAGAGUUCCCAGAGCUGAGAUUUAGGUUUGUACGUCUGCCUUUAUAUUGCCUUGUACACACACCACUCUAUUAAGCAUAAUGAACCAUGCCCUCAGUGCUGUGACCAUUCAUACUUUCACCCCCCCUGUUCCAGAGACAUGUGUCCAAUGUUUACUGUGAUUGAUUGGUCAGUUUGGCACUGUGCAAUUCAGACAAUGAGAGCCAGUGUGCUUGUUGCCAGGCAGGUUUGUAUGUCUUGUCUUCCAGGCAUGUUACUGGGUAGUGUUCAAUACUGAACGACCAGUUGAAGAGUGUGAUUAUGAUGGCCCAGGGGGCAGUUACCAUACGGUGUGUAGUAUGAGUUCUGUGAUUUUUAGAUGGUCACAGCCAUGUUGAUCAUGCCACCACCAAAGCUGUUGAAGAACGGUGUGUAGUGUUUUUGGGGAAAUGUGUCAUUCAAUACAAACCGUCGCGCAAUGUUGCAAACGUUGAAGUGUUCUGAAUGCACUCCUGGUAUGAGCACUCUAUAGGCAAGAAGAUUGCCCACCAGGGAUGGGGGGGUGGAUUGGUGUCACACUUUUCCCCCCAUCCAUAGCAAACAACUGAUUGUAAACUAAUUGCAUUCUAAACUGUAGAGCUUGAUUAUUGGCAUCACAUGCUUUGUUAUUAACAGGUGUAGACUCAGUGAAAUGCUUACUUACUGGUCUUCCCAACAAUGCAGAUUUUUUUUAAAGACAUAGAAUAAUAGUAAUUGAGGUAGAUAUGUACAUAUAGGGAGGGAUAAAGUGACUAGACAACAGGGUAGAUAAACAGCAACGUAUGUGAUGAGUUUGACUUAGUGCCAAUGCAGAUAGUCUGGGUAGCUAUUGCUUAACUAUUUAGCAGUCGUGGCUUGGGGGUAGAAGUUGUUCGGGGUCGUGUUGGUUCCAGUCAGGCGUUUCAGCUGGGGUUGGGGGAAAUGUGACAACAAUCAGGCCCCUGAGGACUGGAGUUGCCCAUCCUGAUCUACAUCAAUAGAAAUCUGUAUAGUUACAUUUGAGUACAAUGGUACUGGAUGUGAAUGACUAAUGGCUCUGACUGUCUCUAGUCUUUCCCCUACCAUUAUAUAUACAGUGGGGAGAAAAAGUAUUUGAUACACUGCUGAUUUUGUAGGUUUUCCUACUUAUAUGUACACUUCAACUGUGAGAUGGAAUCUAGAAAAACACUUUAUGAUUUUUAAGUAAUUAAUUAGCAUUUUAUUGUAUGACAUCAGUAUUUGAUACAUCAGAAAAGCAGAACUUCAUAUUUGGUACAGAAACCUUUGUUUGCAAUUACAGAGAUCAUACGUUUCCUGUAGUUCUUGACCAGGUUUGCACACACUGAAGCAGGGAUAUUGGCCCACUCCUCCAUACAGACCUUCUCCAGAUCCUUCAGGUUUCGGGGCUGUCGCUGGGCAAUAUGGACUUUCAGCUCCCUCCAAAGAUCUUCUAUUGGGUUCAGGUCUGGAGACUGGCUAGGCCACUCCAGGACCUUGAGAUGCUUCUUACAGAGCCCCUCCUUAGUUGCCCUGGCUGUGUGUUUCGGGUCGUUGUCAUGCUGGAAGACCCAGCCACGACCCAUCUUCAAUGCUCUUACUGAGGGAAGGUUGUUGGCCAAGAUCUUGCGAUACAUGGCCCCAUCCAUCCUCCCCUCAAUACGGUGCAGUCAUCCUGUCCCCUUUACAGAAAAGCAUCCCCAAAGAAUGUUUCCACCUCCAUGCUUCACGGUUGGGAUGGUGUUCUUGGGGUUGUACUCAUCCUUCUUCCUCCAAACACGGCGAGUGGAGUUUAGACCAAAAAGCAAUAUUUUUGUCUCAUCAGACCACAUGACCUUCUCCCAUUCCUCUGGAUCAUCCAGAUGGUCAUUGGCAAACUUCAGACGGGCCUGAACACGUGCUGGCUUGAGCAGGGGGACCUUGCGUUCGCUGCAGGAUUUUAAUCCAUGACGGCGUAGUGUGUUACUAAUGAUUUUGAGACUGGUCCCAGUUCUCUUCAGGUCAUUUGACCAAGUCCUGCCGUGUGGUUCUGGGCUGAUCCCUCACCUUCCUCAUGAUCAUUGAUGCCCCACGAGGUGAGAUUUUGCAUGGAGCCCCAGACCGAGGGUGAUUGACUGUCUUCUUGAACUUCUUCCAUUUUCUAAUAAUUGCGCCAACAGUUGUUGCCUUCUCACCAAGCUGCUUGCCUAUUGUCCUGUAGCCCACCCCAGCCUUUUGCAGGUCUACAAUUUUAUCCCUGAUGUCCUUACACAGCUAUCUGGUCUAGGCCAUUGUGGAGAGGUUGGAGUCUGAUUUUAGUGUGUGGACAGGUGUCUUUUAUACAGGUAACGAGUUCAAACAGGUGCAGUUAAUACAGGUAAUGACUGGAGAACAGGAGGGCUUUUUUAAGAAGCCCUAACAGGUCUGUGAGAGACGGAAUUCUUACUGGUUGGUAGGUGAUCAAAUACUUAUGUCAUGCAAUAAAAUGCAAAUUAUUUAAUUAAAAAUUAUACAAUGUGAUUUUCUGGAUUUUUGUUUAAUUUUCGGUCUCUCACAAUUUUCAGUCUCAGUGUACCUAUGAUAAAAAUUACAGACCUCUACAUGCUUUGUAAGUAGGAAAACCUGCAAAAUCUGCAGUGUAUCAAAUACUUGUUCUCCCCACUGUAGGUAACUGCCAAAAUAUAGCAAAUAAGUAAAUGAGGGAUACAAAGUAUAUUGAAAGCAGGUGGUUCCACACAGGUGUGGCUCCUAAGAAUUUGUAUGCUUAAUGUCACGUAUAAAAAUGCUGGGCAAGCCCAGUUGCCGAUUAUUUGGACUACCAUGGCUAUGCCCCCCCCCAUAGGAAGACAAUGCUCCCAUCCACAAGGUAUGAGUGGGCACUAAAUGGUUUGAUGAGCAUGAAAACAAUGUAAACCAUAUGCCAUAGCCAUCUCAGUCACCAGAUCUCAACCCAACUGAACACUUAUGGGAGAUUCUGGAGCGGUGCCCGAGAUGGUGCUUUUCACCACCAUGUCCAACAAAACACAAUGAUUGCAUUUCUCGUGUAAUAAUGGUGUCACAUCCCUCCAAUAGACUUCCAGACCCAUGUAGAAUCUAUGCCAAUGCGCAUUGAAGCUGUUAUGGCUCGUUGUGGUCCGGCAACCUAUUAAGACGCUUUAAGUUAGUCUUCCCUUUAUUUUGGCAGUUAUCUGUAGGUUUGACACAGCCCUGCCUGGCUCUGUUUCUCCCUGCCCGAAAGGAUUUAGUCACGGAACAUUUUGGUCAGAGGCACUGGAUGUUGGUUUGGGGGACUUUGUGGCUUGCAGUGUCUAAACAAAUAUAUUUUGUCAGCCUGAAUGUGAGCUAUGGGGAUGGGGACUAUUGUCUGGAUCUGGCACGUAAGAAUGGGAUGGUUCUAUGUAGCCCCUUUUGGGGCACAGUGAGCUUAUUUUAUCAAGUUAUGAAUAUGAUGUGUGAUGACUUUUCAACAUCAAAAGCCCAUGUUAUGACAUUUUCUGGAUUUGAUCUAUUCAUCUGUCACCAUUUUGUAUGAGAUGUAUUAAAUGACCUCAUUGUUUGCAAA